CUGAGAGGUGGUCUUUGUGUUUGACACAGCUGUGCACGGGCUCCCGAUCCCGCGGACCCAACAGCACAACAGGAACUGGGGCACACGCACGGACCGCCGGGUUCGGACGCACAGACAGUCGCGACGCGCGCUGCAACUUCGGCGCACGUGAAAUUAGCGCACGACGACCGCUGAAGCGCAGACGAAGGGACCGCUCCUGAAGCCGCUGCGCUGUUUGUAGGCGUUUCUGAGAGUUUUGCGGGACACUGCUGAGCCUGAUGUAUCUGCCUGGAGCUCGAGGUUCCCUUUGAGGUUUCGACUGGUCAGAGCGAACUAUCCCAGAACUCGGCUCGAGGAGACGCUCGGACCUGAAAUGGGCACCAGGCUGGUGUGUCUGUCUCUCGCGCUGUCAGUGGCGUUUUGCGCUGCGCAGGAGACUGACGCCAAAAAGGAGGACCUCCCGGAGGGCGCAUCCACCUUGGCUUUCGUGUUUGAUGUGACCGGCUCCAUGUACGACGACCUGGUCCAAGUCAUCGAGGGCGCGUCCAGGAUUUUGGAGACGUCGCUGAGCAGGCCGAAGAGACCUCUGUACAACUUUGCCCUGGUUCCUUUCCACGACCCAGAGAUUGGACCCGUAACAAUCACAACAGACCCAAAGAAGUUCCAGUAUGAGCUGAGGGAGCUGUACGUCCAGGGAGGUGGAGACUGUCCAGAGAUGAGCAUCGGGGCCAUUAAGAUCGCUCUGGAGAUCUCCCUGCCGGGUUCAUUCAUUUACGUCUUCACAGACGCCCGUUCCAAGGAUUACAGGCUGACCCACGACGUCCUGCAGCUCAUCCAGCAGAAGCAGUCGCAGGUCGUGUUUGUUCUGACGGGGGACUGCGAUGACCGGACUCAUGUCGGGUAUAAGGUUUACGAGGAGAUUGCGUCCACCAGCUCUGGGCAGGUCUUCCAUCUGGACAAGAAACAGGUCAAUGAGGUGCUGAAGUGGGUGGAGGAGGCCGUGCAGUCUUCCAAGGUCCACCUGUUGUCCACUGACCAUGUCACUGGGGUCAGCAACACUUGGCAGAUGCCCUUUGACCCGAGCCUCAAGGAAGUCACCGUGGCGCUUAGUGGUCCAGCACCCGACAUCGAGAUAACAAACCCCCAGGGGAAGCUUGUGGGAAUGACUGAUGGUCUGACUGAGCUCCUGCACAUUCCCAACUCGGCCAAAGUUGUGAACAUCAAGGACCCCGGGCCUGGAACCUGGUCUAUAAAGACCUCCAGUGAAGGCAGACACUCUGUCCGUAUCUCUGGUCUCAGCACGAUUGACUUCCGAGCUGGGUUUUCCAGAAAUCCCACCCUGGACCUCAAAAAGACGUCCAGUCGGCCAGUUCAAGGCGUUCCCACACACAUCCUGCUGAACACCACCGGACUCCGACCUCCUGCUCGGCCCGACAGGCUGGAGCUCCUCUCGGUCUCGGGCCAAGCUAUAAAGACGCUGCCGAUUCGCUUCUACCCCGAACGCCGGCCGUACGGCCUGUGGAACGUCACGGAGUUCAUUCCACCCGAUGAGGCCUUCUUCCUGCGAGUGACAGGAUACGACCGCGAUGGCUUCCUGUUCCAGAGAGUCUCCAGUGUUUCUUUCUCCAAUAUUGUACCUAAUGCCCCCAAGGUGCUGAUGGCAGCACAGACUAAUGGUUAUUACCUCCAGAGAGGGGCCGUCAGCUGCCAGGUAGAGAGCCUGAUCCCCUUCACCCUGCGCUUCAGCAGGGAUGGGAGACAGCUUGGGGUGGACCAGCUGUUCAGCGAAUCUCACAAUGCAUCGUGGGAAAUAUCCCAGGUCACGCUGAAGGAUGAGGGCUACUACGAGUGCAUUGCGAUCAGCAGCGCUGGGACAGGAAGAGCUCGCACGUUCCUGGAUGUGUCAGAGCCGCCGCCGGCCGUCACCGCCGACGCCAACGUGACCGCCGCCCCGGGCGCCCGCGCCGUCCUCACCUGCCGCGUCGCCAGCACCGUCGCCUUCAAUCUCACCUGGCUGAGAGGGGGCGUGGACGCGCGCCUGGACCCACGCGUGCGCGUCCUCGCCGACCGCUCGCUGCAGCUGUCGGCGCUGAGCCCGGAGCAGGCGGGCUGGUACGAGUGCGUGGCUGCGAACGAAGGCGGCGCUGCUGCGGGGAGGGUCCACCUGAGCGUGCAAGAGGUUCCCAGGGUUUCAGUGGAGCCUCGGAAUAAAACCUUUUUGACAGGAGAUGAAGUAAGAAUCAGGUGCUCAGCCAGUGGUUACCCUGCACCGCGCCUGGUCUGGACCCACAACGACAUCUUCAUUGUAGCGUCCGGCAGACACAGGAUGACGCCCGAUGGCACCCUGGUCAUAAGAAACGCAGCCAAGAAGGAUGGAGGCGUGUACGGCUGUUUGGCCAGCAACCAGGCGGGAACGCACGCGAUGACCGCCGUCCUCACCUACGUCGAAUCUCCUGUCGUGACUGUGGCGCUAAGUCAGAUUCUUACCGGCAUUGGAGAAACCACAGUGAUGACCUGCUCAGCAUCUGGAGCUCCCAAACCAGAGAUCUGGUGGUACAAAGGUGGGGCCAAGCUGCAUUCAUCAUCCCUGCUGGAUGUGGACGUGUUGGAAGGGACGCUAACCAUCAAAGAGACGCUUCAUGCCGAUGCUGGCGACUACACCUGCCUGGCUGUCAAUGCCGCCGGCACGUCGUCAGGGAGGGUUUCCCUGGAUGUAGGAGCUGCUCCCACGUUCACCCAGGAGCCGCCCGACGUGGCGGCCGACGUCGGCUCCAACGUGACCCUGCUGUGCCGAGCACGGGGUCACCCUGAGCCCCAGGUGUCCUGGAGAAGGGAGGACGGGCUGCCUCUGUCGCAGCGGCCGCGCACACAUGGCGCUGUCACACAGAGCAGAGGGCGCCUGCACAUAAGCAGCCUGUGGGUGGACGAUGAGGCCGUUUAUGUCUGCGAGGCCCACAACCACUUCGGCAGGAUACAGACUCAAGCCAGGAUCACAGUGACUGGACUGGUCUCCCCCGUCAUAGCGGUGAGUCCCGGCGUGCUCAGCGUGGUGGAGGCCCAGCCGCUGACGCUGCCCUGCGUGCUGCUGGCCGGCAACCCGCUGCCCCACAGACAGUGGCUCCACGACUACGGCCUGGUGACCUCGGACCAGUACGUGACGGUGCGGCGGGACGGCAGCUUGCACAUUGAGAGGGUGGGUCUGGACGACGCGGGCGACUACACGUGUCUGGCCGAGAACGUGGUCGGGGCCACCAACCACACCACCACUGUGAGCGUGCACGUUAUCCCCACCAUCCAGCACGGCCCUCAGGUGUUCAGCACCAUCGAGGGAACUCCCAUCUCUCUGCCGUGCCGCGCCGGUGGAGUACCGGCGCCUGACAUCGCCUGGACCAAGAGUGGGGAGCUACUGUACUUGGGCGGUCCCGUGUUCUCUCUGGAUCCUGACAGCAGCCUCCUCAUCCUUUCGCCUUCUGGAAACGAGACUGGAGAGUUCGUCUGCACAGCUAGCAAUGCGGCCGGCUACGCCUCCAGGAAGGUCCAGCUCACUGUCUAUGUCCGACCUAGGUCCAGUGUUGGUGCUGGAGCAGAGCCAAGGAGGAUGUCCGUGAUCGAGGGCGAGGACGCCAUUUUGCCUUGUGAGGUCCACAGUGUCCCACCUCCCACCAUCAGCUGGGCCAAAGAGAAGCAGCUCAUCUCCCCUUUCUCUCCCAGGCACACUCAGCUUCCCUCAGGUUCUAUGAAGAUCUCCAAGAGCAGAGUCUCCGACAACGGACUGUAUGUGUGCGUGGCCUCCAACAUUGCUGGCAACCUCACACAAUCGACGGAGCUGAGUGUUUUGGUUCCUCCCAGUAUACAAGCUGGUCCCAGGGUGAUGAAGGUGCAGCUGGGCCACUCUGUGGAGCUCCCCUGUGUGGCCAGAGGGGUCCCAGAACCGACAAUAACAUGGGCCAAGGAUGAGAGACACUACCCAGUCUCGGCCGACGGCAGCCUGGCUUUUAGAAGCGUGACCCUGGACGACGAAGGAGCCUACACAUGCACGGCCACCAGCGCCGCAGGCCGAAACCAGGCUCGAGUUCAGCUGCUAGUGCGAGUGCCCCCUGUGGUUGAGGUCCUGGAGCCUCCCUUCAAUAGUCCUCUGCAGGAGAGAGUUGCAAACCAGCGCAUUGCUUUCCCCUGCCCUGCAAAAGGUCUUCCCAAGCCAGUGAUCCGGUGGCUGCGUAACGGCCAGGAGCUGACGGGGAACGAGCCCGGCGUGUCCAUCCUGGAGGACGGCACGCUGCUCAUUCUGGCCUCCCUGUCGCCUCUGGACAGCGGGGAGUAUUCCUGCACGGCGGCCAACGACGCGGGGUCCACUGAGAAGAAGUACCAGCUCAAAGUCAACGUGCCCCCAGAGUUCCGUGACAGUGAAACACAAGGCAACGUGUCUGUGGUCCUGAGCCGGGCCACCAACCUGGUGUGUGACGUGACAGGAAGCCCGACCCCCGUUAUCACCUGGUACAAAGACGGGUCUCUGAUUUCGCCCAGUAACAGCAUCCAGAUUCUGGAAAUGGGGAAAACCUUGAGAAUACUGAAGGCAGCCACAGGAGAUGCAGGCAGCUACAGCUGCAAAGCCAUCAAUGUCGCUGGUAGCAGAGAAAAGGGCGUCUAUUUGGAUGUGCUCGUUCCACCAACUAUUGAAGGAUCAGCUCUUCCUCCAGACGUUUCAGCCAUUCUCAAACAGGAGAUCACUCUGGAGUGCAUGGUGCAAGGAGCUCCCUUUCCCACAAUACAGUGGUACAAGGACAGCAAGUUGGUGUUUCUGGGUGAUCCUAAUCUGGAGGUCGUCAGCAGAGGUCAGAUCCUGAGGAUAAAAAGUGCUCGUCUUGGGGACCAGGCCCGCUACCAGUGUAGUGUGACGAAUGCAGCUGGAAAACAGUCCAAGGACUUCAAGCUCAGCGUCUAUGUGCCUCCCUCCAUUAAAGGUGGUAACGUGACGACGGAGGUCGCUGCCCUGCAGGACACUGUGGUCACGCUGGAAUGUGAGGCGCGUGGGGUGCCGCCUCCCACCAUCACUUGGUCCCGGAACGGAGAGGUGCUCCUGUCCAGCCGACAGGCCCAGUACGUGGAGCGGGGCCGCUCCCUGAAGAUCCCUCUGGCUCAGGCGUCGGACGCCGGGCGCUACACCUGCAGAGUGACCAGUGUGGCGGGAAGCGCUGAGAAGAGCUACGAGCUGGAUGUUUACUUGCCUCCGACCAUCACCGGGGGUGACGGACCCUCAGAGAGGAAGGUUAUCCUGAGUAAGCCCCUGAUCCUGGAGUGUGAGGCCGGCGGACACCCCCCCCCCUCCCUCACCUGGCUGAAGGACGGGGUCCCUGUGCGUGACGGUGACAGCAUCCGUGUGCUCGAGCAGGGGAGAAAAGUCCAAAUCGUCUCAGCCGCAGUGUCCGACUCGGGACGCUACGUCUGUGUGGCUACGAGCAUCGCCGGGGAGAAGGAGAUCAAAUAUGAUGUCAGGGUUUUAGUUCCUCCUUUCAUUGAUGGAGCUGAUGAUGUGACAGACAGCACAGUGAUCAUCAACAACCCUCUGGAGCUGGAGUGUCAGGCCACUGGAACGCCUGCACCUGUCAUCACCUGGUAUAAGGGCGGAAGGCCAGUCAGACAGGGCGAAGGGCUCCGGGUCGCUGCUAACGGUCGGCGCCUCAUCGUGGCCCGAGCUCAGGUCUCGGACACGGCUCGGUUCCAUUGUGUGGCCACCAAUGAAGCAGGAGACCACCAGAGGACCUUCAAUGUGGUUGUGCAUGUUCCUCCUUCCAUCCGCACCACUGGGUCUGCGGAACGUUCAGUGGUUCUCCACAGGUCCGUUAGUCUGGACUGCGUCUCCAGCGGCGUGCCUCCUCCCAGCAUCACAUGGCUUAAAGCCGGUCGGCCUGUCGACACGACGCAGGAGCACCUUAAGCUGGAGGCUGCGGGCAGAACACUAAAGGUCACAGAGGCAGCACUGCAGGAUUCUGGGAAAUACACCUGUCUGGCUACCAACGCAGCUGGUGAAGCUCAACUGCACAUUCAGCUCAGUGUCCACGAGCCUCCCAGCAUCCCCCACUCUGGCCAGAUCAUCAACCAGACCAUCCUGUCAGGCUUUUCCACUGAGCUUGAGUGCGAGGCCUCGGGCAGCCCGUUGCCUGCGAUCACGUGGUACAAAGACGGCCGACCUCUGACCAGCGCGGCCGGAGUGACGAUGCUGAAGCGCGGCCAGGUUCUGGAGAUUGAACGGGCUCAGCUGUCAGACAGCGGGAUGUACCGAUGCGUAGCAGUCAACCUGGCCGGCGUAGCGGAGAUGACCCACAGCCUGCAGGUGUUCGCGCCCCCCGUCAUCUCCAGCCGAGGCGGGACUGUCACCGUGGUGGUGAACGAGGCUGCCCGGCUGCCGUGCGAGGCCACCGGCGUUCCGCCGCCCAGCCUCACGUGGCUGAAAAACGGCAGCCCUGUGGCCAGCGUUUCGCCUGGCGUGCAGGUGUCGUCUGGCGGCCGCUUGCUGGCGCUGAACAGCGCCCAGGUCAGUGACACGGGCAGGUACACCUGCGUGGCCGUCAAUGCUGGAGGGGAACAGCACCGAGACUACGACCUGAAGGUUUACGUGCCGCCCAACAUCAAGGGGGAGGAGGCGAACGCCACGGUGAUGCUCGGCCGAGCGGUGGAGCUGCACUGCCAGAGCGACGCCAUCCCUCCGCCGGCGCUGUCCUGGCGCAAAGAUGGCCGCCCCGUCUUCAGGAAGCCGGGUCUGACUGUUAAAGCUGACGGAAGCCUCCUAAGGAUCGACAGCGCCCAAGUCCAGGAUUCGGGCAGAUACACCUGUGAAGCCACCAACGUGGCCGGCAAGACAGAAAAGAACUUUAACCUCAAUGUUUGGGUGACUCCCAGUAUCCGUGGAGCCGAGGAGGUGUCCCCCUUCACGGUGACGGAGGGAAACCUCAUCACUCUGCUGUGUGAAUCCAGUGGCAUCCCGCCUCCCAGCCUCGCCUGGAGGAAGGACGGUUCUGAGCUCAAAUCAGACCAGCGGGUCAGAGUUUUGUCCGGCGGCCGCCAGCUGCAAAUCUCCAGCGCCGAGAGGAGCGACGCGGCAUCGUACACCUGCACGGCCUCCAGCGAAGCGGGCGCGGCGUCCAGGGCUUACAGUCUGCAGGUUUAUGUCCGCCCUUCCAUCAGACGCAGCGAGGGCGACGCCGGCGUCGUCACGGUGACGAGGGGCGCGGACGUGACGCUGCGCUGCGCGGCGGAGGGCGUGCCGCGGCCGGCGGUCACGUGGUUGAAGGACGGGAGGCCUGUCAGCGGACUGCACGGCGCCAAGGUCCUGAACGAGGGGCGGCUGCUGCAGAUCCAAGACGCAAAGGUGUCGGACACGGGGCGCUACAGCUGCAUCGCUGCUAACGUGGCCGGGCAGGCGGACAGCACGCACGACGUCAGCGUCCACGUACCGCCAAGUAUCAUUGGUCAGGUCCUGAUGCCAGACAACGUGAGUGUUGUGGUGAAGAACCCAGUAGCUCUCAGCUGCGAGGCCUCCGGCGUUCCUCUCCCGUCCGUCGCCUGGUUGAAGGACGGCCGGCCGAUCAAAGCCAGCAGCGCAGUGCGCGUCCUCUCCGGAGGACGUGUCUUGCGUCUGAUGCAUGCUGUGGUAGAAGAUGCUGGGAAGUACACCUGCGUUGUGUCUAACAGCGCUGGAGAGGAACAGAAGAACUUCGAGCUCAAUGUCCUCGUUCCACCGAGCAUUGUGGACGAGGGAACUGUGGUGGACUCAAAGGUCAGGGAGCAACACAACAUCACCCUCAGCUGUGAGGCGUCAGGUCACCCUGUCCCAGAGAUCCGGUGGCUGAAGGAUGGACAGCUGCUGGCUCCCGACCGGCGCCACCGAGUCCAGUCUCACGGCCGUUUCCUGCACAUCUCCGAUGCUCAGGUCUCGGACACGGGCAGGUACGGCUGCCUGGCCUCCAACAGUGCAGGAGAUCGCAGCCGGCACUUCAACCUCAACGUCCUGGUGUCUCCCACCAUCGCUGGCUCGGGUCCUGACAGCUCCGCGGAGGAGGUGACGGUGACCCUGAGCAGCCCCACCUCGCUGGUGUGCGAGGUGCAGUCCUACCCGCCCGCGCUCGUCACCUGGCUCAAAGACGGCGCCGCCUUCGUGUCCAGCCGCAACAGCCGCGUGCUGCCAGGUGGGCGAACUCUGCAGAUCCUCAAUGCCAAAGAGGAGGAUGCUGGGAAAUACACGUGCGUGGCUACGAACGAAGCUGGCGAGACUCUGAAGCACUAUGAGGUCAAGGUUUAUGUUCCCCCGCAGAUUAAUAAGAAUGAUAUCGUGGGGGAAGGAUUGGCCCCCAAAGAGGUCAAGAUCAAGGUCAACAGCAGCCUGACGCUGGAGUGCUCGGCGGAGGCCUUUCCCACGCCAGCGCUGCAGUGGUACAAGGACGGACAGGUCCUGCAGGCGGACGGCCGCGUGUCCAUCACGGCCGGCGGUCGAAUCGUUCAGAUCAAACAUGCUCAGGUGUCCGACACCGGGCGCUACACCUGCGUGGCCACUAACGUAGCGGGGGAGGAUGAGAAGGACUUUGAUGUAAAUAUACAAGUUCCACCUAAUUUCAACAGACCUGCUGGAGCUGGUGGCUCCUCUCCCUCCGGCUUCGGAGGAGAAGUUCGGGACGUGAUCCUCAACAAUCCCAUCUCUCUGUACUGCGAGACCAAUGCCGUCCCUCCUCCGACGCUCACCUGGUACAAAGACGGACAGGCGCUGACCGCUUCCGACAAAGUUCUGAUCCUGCCUGGUGGACGAGUGUUGCAGAUUCCCAGGGUGCACGUUGAAGACGCGGGCAGAUACACAUGCGUGGCUGUCAACGAAGCAGGAGAAGACUCCAUUCAGUAUGUCGUUAGAGUGUUAUUGCCUCCCACCAUACGAGGAACGGACAGCGACGUGCCCGAUGAGGUCACGGUCCUGCUCAACAAAACUACCCAGCUGGACUGUCAUGUGGAUGGAAGCCCCGCCCCCAAGGUCACCUGGUUCAAGGACAGCCAACCGGUCGUCUCUGAUAGGCUGCUUAGAGUCCUGGCCAAUGGGAGAGCACUUCAGGUGAUGGCUGCUCAGGUCUCUGACACCGGCCGCUAUGUGUGUGUGGCUGAUAAUGUCGCUGGAAGCGCAGAGAAGGCCUUUAAUCUCAAUGUUCACGUUCCUCCCACCGUCAUCGGGCCGAGUCCUGUGAACGUGACAGUUGUGGUGAACAACUUUGUGUCGCUCUCGUGUGAAGCCACCGGGUUCCCUCCUCCGACCCUGAGCUGGUUGAAUGACAGGGGUCCGAUUCAGGGCAACCCCAGUGCACUCAUCAUGCCAGGGGGUCGAACGUUACAGAUCCUGAAAGCCAAAGUAUCCGAUGGGGGAAAGUACACGUGUGUGGCCAUGAAUGCGGCGGGGGAGGCCUACAAAUACAUUUACCUGUCUGUGUUGGUUCCUCCCAGUAUCAGAGGCAGUGGUGGAGACUCUCCUGUGGUGGUGAAUGUCCUUUUAGGGAAAUCAGCGACUCUGAAGUGCGAGUCCAGCGCUGUUCCUCCUCCCACCAUCACCUGGUACAAGAACGGCAGGGUGGUGACCGAGUCGGCCAACCUGCGCAUCCUGGCCAAGGGACACAUGCUUGAGAUUAACGGCUCAGAGGUGUCUGACACUGGACAAUAUGUCUGCAAGGCCACUAAUGUUGCUGGUCAGGUGGACAAGAACUUCCACCUGAAUGUUUUUGUACCUCCCAGUAUUGAUGGUCCAGUGGAGGAGAAUGUAGUGGAAACCAUCAGUAACCCGGUGACCUUUGCCUGUGAUGCUGCAGGCAUCCCUCCUCCUAGUCUUACAUGGUUGAAGAACGGACGACCGCUGGAGACCUCGGAGUCACUGGAGAUGCACAUCUUCUCAGGAGGCAGCAAGCUUCAGAUCGCACGCUCGCAGCUUUCUGACAGCGGCACUUACACAUGCGUGGCUUCCAACACGGAGGGCACAGCCCACAAGAGCUACCGCCUCACCAUACAAAUUCCUCCCAGCAUCUCUGGAUCUGAGCUGCCCAGUGAGAUGGGAGUGCUGCUGAACGAGAGCAUCCAGCUGCUCUGUCGCGCUCAGGGAACCCCGACGCCGACCAUCCGGUGGCUAAAGGACGGCGAGGCCAUCGACCCUUUGAACGCGGGUCUCAGGGUGAGUCCGGACGGAAGCACGCUCACCGUGACUGGAGCCCACACCAGCGACGGUGGGAAGUACACCUGCGUGGCCACCAACGCGGCGGGAGAGGAGGACAGGAUGUUCACCCUAAAUGUGUACGUGCCUCCAGUCAUAGACGGCGCCAGUGAGACGGCGGAGGAGGUGACCGCGGUUCUGGACAGCUCCGUCAGCAUGGAGUGUGCGGCUGCGGGUUCGCCUCCUCCCCAGCUGAACUGGCUGAGGAACGGCCUCCCUCUGCCCGUGUCCUCCCACGUACGGCUGCUGUCUGCAGGGCAGGUGCUUCGGAUUACGCGAGCCCAGGUGUCCGACGGCGCCACCUACACCUGCGUCGCCUCAAACAGGGCAGGAGUGGACAGCAGGCAUUACAACCUGCAGGUGCACGUCCCUCCCAGUGUGGACGGAGCCGGGGGCACGGAGGACGUGAGCGCAGUCAGCGGGAACGCGGCGUCUCUGCAGUGCGUGGCUCACGGGACGCCGCCCCCCGCGGUGUCCUGGCUCCGGGACGGAGCGCUUCUCCAUCCUGACCAGCGCCUCACGUUCCUCAACACCAACGCCACCGUGCGGAUCUCCCGGACCCGCGUCAAUGACACCGGACGCUACACCUGCCUGGCUGAAAACACGGCGGGCCGCGCGAGUCGCCACUUCAAGCUCCAAGUGUUGGAUCCUCCGCACAUCCGGGGCUCAGGCGUGCCAGCGGAGGUGUCUGUGGUGGUUAACCACGCCCUGGAGCUGCGGUGCGAGGCCUCGGGGGUCCCUGCUCCCGCCCUGUCCUGGCUGAAGGACGGACGCCCGCUGCCGCAGACAGGCGGCCUGCGCGUCCUGCGGGGGGGGGAGGCGCUCCACGUGGCCGCGGCACAAGUGGAGGACGCGGGCAGGUACAGCUGCCUGGCCGUCAGCCCGGCAGGAGAGGACGACAAGCAGUUCCUGGUGCGAGUGCACGUGCCGCCUAAUAUCGCGGGGGAGAACGCUCCACAGGACGUGUCCGUGCUGCAGAGCAGACAGGUGACGCUGGAGUGCAGGUCCGACGCCGUGCCUCCUCCAACGCUGACCUGGCUCAAAGGCGCUCAGCCGCUGCAGGCCUCUGCGCGCGUCCGCGUCCUGUCCGCCGGGCGCUACCUGCAGAUCAACAUGGCUGAGCUGAGCGACGCGGCCCAAUACACCUGCGUGGCGGCGAACGUGGCCGGCAGGACCACGCGGCAGUUCAACCUCUCCGUCAACGUGGCUCCGACCAUCAAAGACGGCCCCCAGCUGGUGUCGGUGCGCGUCCACCAGUCAGCGGUGCUGGAGUGCGUGGCGAGUGGCGUGCCGCCGCCUCGUGUGACCUGGAGGAAGCAGGGUGCGGUGCUGACGGGAAACAACCCCAGGUACUCGUUGGCCGAGGACGGGUCGCUGCGCCUCCGCUCCGCUCAGGUGAGCGACACCGGCCGCUACCUGUGCACGGCGGCCAACCAGGCAGGGACUCAGCACAGGGGAGUGGACCUGCAGGUGGACGUCCCUCCCUCCAUCGCCGACGGCAACACCAACGUGACGGUCACCGUCAACGUUCCGACCACGCUGCCCUGUGAAGCCAGCGGCAUUCCCAAACCCUCCGUCCGCUGGAUGAGACACGGCCGAGUCAUCAACACUGACCAGAACCAGAAUAUGUACAGAUUACUCUCCUCAGGCUCCUUGGUCGUUAUCGCGCCCACGGUGGAGGACACGGCGCUGUAUCAGUGUGUGGUCACUAACGAGGCGGGAGAAGACUCCAGGUCCAUUAACCUCACUGUUCACGUGCCUCCGUCUAUCGCGGAUGAGCCCACGGAGCUGAUUGUCACCAGAAUGUCCCCCGUGGUCCUCGCGUGUACGGCGUCCGGCGUCCCGGAGCCCGCCAUCGCCUGGAGCAAGGACGGCGUGGAGUUAGUGGAGUUGCUCCCGGAAGGCGUGGGAUACAGCAUCCUGACCACAGGUUCUGUCCAGAUCCCCUCCGCUGAGCUCAGUCACGCCGGGCGCUACACCUGCACGGCCCAGAAUGCUGCAGGCUCCACCCGCCGCCACGUACAGCUCACAGUUCACGAGCUCCCAGUGAUCCAGUCGCAUCCAUCCACCAUGGACGUCAUCCUGAAUAACCCCGUCACGCUGCCCUGCAGAGCCACAGGUUCCCCCAGACCCACCAUCAGCUGGCAGAGGGAGGGCAUCAACAUACCCACCACAGCUGGACGUUUCACCGUUUUGCCCAACGGGAGCCUGCAAGUCUCCCGAGCCUCUGUUCUGGACUCUGGGACGUACAUAUGUGUGGCUCAGAACCCAGCCGGCACCGCACUGGGGAAAACCAAGCUCCGAGUACAAGUGCCUCCCGCCAUCAGCUCUGACUCCAGGACGUACGUGGCGCCCCUGGACUCGUCUGUGACGCUGCAGUGCCAGGCGGGCGGCUCCCCUGCGCCCGCGGUCACGUGGCACAAAGACGGCCAGCCGCUCGGGGAGUCGCUGCGCCUGCGGGUGCUGAGCGCCGGCUCGCUGCAGAUCGCCUUCGUGCAGCCGGGCGACGCCGGGCGCUACGCGUGCACCGCCGCCAACGCGGCCGGCGCCGCCAGCCUGGAGAUGGGGCUGACCGUGCAGACCCCUCCCUCCAUCCGAGGCGGAGAGCAGGAGGUGACGGUGGUGGAGAACAGUCCGGUGCAGCUGCUGUGUGCGGUGGAGGGGGUCCCUCAGCCAACGCUGACCUGGGAGAAGGACGGGAACCCCAUAGAUGAGAGCACAGGGGAGUACACCAUCCUGCCCUCUGGGGAACUGGCCAUAGACGUUGCUCAGCCCGUGGAUUCGGGCGCUUACGCCUGCGUCGCCGUCAACGCCGUGGGUCGGGACAGCCGGACCACGACCCUGACCGUUCACACGCACCCCGUCUUCACGGAGCUGCUCAGCGACGUGGCGCUCAACCGGGGGGAGCGCCUCGCGCUGGCCUGCGGCGCCGCCGGCGUCCCUCCGCCCAGGAUCACCUGGGCCCUGAAGAACACCGUCAUCCAGGUUCCUCAUGAUCCUACGAGCGGCUACAGUGAACUGGUUAUAGAGCGAGUGAGCAGAGAAGACUCUGGCACGUACUCCUGCGAGGCAGCGAACAGCGUAGGAACCAUCAAGUCCGUGGGCUUUGUCUACGUUAAAGAGCCUCCCAUCAUCGAUGGGGACCUUCACUCCAAGCACACGGAGCCUUUGGGGGGCAACGCCGUCCUCCACUGUGAGGUUCGGGGGGACCCCCUACCAACCGUCCAGUGGAGCAAAAAUGGAAUAAAUAUCCAGAGCAGCAACCGAAUCCGAGUGCUGGACAACAGCUCUCUGGCCAUUUAUGGCACCGUGGCUGAGGAUGCAGGCAGCUACGUGUGUGUGGCCACUAAUGAUGCUGGAGUGGUGGAGAGGAGUGUGACGCUCACCCUGCAGAGUGCACCCAGCAUCGUAGUGGAGCCAGUGGAUACGGUGGUGGACGCCGGCACCACCGUGGUCCUCAACUGCCGGGCCGAGGGUGAACCCACCCCCGUCGUAGAGUGGUCCCGCCAGGGGGGGGCGCUGCCGGGCUCCGAGCGCUUCUCCACCCUGUCCAACGGCUCCCUGCGGGUCAGCAGCGCUCAGAGGGAGGACACGGCGGAGUACGAAUGCGUGGCCAGGAACCUGCUCGGCUCGGUUCUGGUCGGGGUCGCGCUCACAGUGCGAGUUCACGGGGGCUUCUCGGAGUGGUCCGAGUGGAGCUCCUGCAGCCCGUCCUGCGGCGCCGGGUCCCAGAAGAGGCUGAGGCAGUGCAGCAACCCUCUACCCGCCAACGGGGGGCGCCACUGCGCCGGGUCGGACGCAGAGACGCGCCGGUGUCAGGGAAAGCCCUGUCCAGUGGACGGCCACUGGUCAGAGUGGUCGCUGUGGGAGGAGUGCUCGCGUAGCUGUGGUCAGGGCAACAGAACCAGGACCCGGACCUGCAGCAACCCCCCGGCGCAGCACGGCGGCAGGCCCUGUGAGGGCAAAGCAGUGGAGGCCGUCAUGUGCAGCGUGAGACCCUGCCCUGUGGCAGGUGACUGGGGCUCCUGGCUGCCGUGGAGCCCGUGCAGCGAGACCUGUGGCAGAGGGAUGCAGUCCAGAAUCCGGCUCUGCAACAGCCCCCCCCCGGCGUUCGAUGGACCCCAGUGUGAAGGCACCGACGCGCAAACACAAGUGUGCAAUGAGAGGCUCUGUCCCGUGGACGGGAUGUGGUCGUCGUGGGUGAGCUGGGGCGCCUGCGGCGUUUCCUGCGGGGGCGGGACCCGACAGAGGACCCGCCUCUGCGCCAGCCCCGCCCCCCAGCACGGCGGCCGCCAGUGCGAGGGCAGCGACGUGCACGUCGACUUCUGCAACAGCGAGCCGUGUCCCAUCAGCGGCAACUGGGGCCCGUGGAGCGGCUGGGGCAGCUGCAGCAGGACGUGCAGCGGAGGUCAGAUGCGGCGCUACCGGACGUGUGACGACCCCAGACCCGCCAACGGCGGCAGGGCGUGCGCGGGCGCCGACACGCAGAUCCAGAGAUGCGGCGGCGCCGACUGCCCCGUUGAUGGUCAGUGGGGUCCGUGGCAGCCGUGGGGAGAGUGCUCCGCCUCCUGCGGCGGCGGGGAGAGGACGCGCGUCCGGCGCUGUAGCGGCCCGUCUCCUAGCAACGGCGGGCGCCCGUGUCCAGGCGACGCCUCCCAGCUGUCGCGGUGCAGCACGCAGGCCUGUCCCGGUGGACCUCAAAAGGCCCGAGGCAGCGUCAUCGGAACCAUCAAUGACAUCGAGUUCGGCGUCGCCAUCCUCAACGCCACCAUCACAGACGGCCCGUCCGGUGGCAGGGUCGUCACGGCAACUAUUUCUAACGUACCGAGGACACUGGGUCCUGCAAUGAGGAAGCUGGUCUCCAUCCUGAACCCCGUCUACUGGACCACUGCACAGGAAGUGGGGGCAGCUGCCAACGGCUUCACGCUAACAGGCGGCGUCUUCAGGAGAGAGACGCAGGUGGAAUUCGCCACAGGUGAGAUCCUGAGGAUGAGCCACGUCGCCAGAGGCCUGGACUCAGACGGAGCUCUGCUGGUGGACAUCGUGGUGAACGGACACGUCCUCCAGUUGCCGUCGCAGGCUGAGAUCAGCGUCAAGGACUACGCGGAGGACUACGUCCAGACGGGCCCGGGCCAGCUGUACGCGCUGUCCACGCGGAUGUUCAGCAUCGACGGGGAGAGCGUGCCGUACUCCUGGAACCACAGCAUCGCCUACGAGCCGGCCAGGGGCAAGAUGCCCUACCUGGUGGAGACGCUGCAGGCCACGGCCAUCCGCGCCCACUAUCGCCCCCUGGAGGAGGCGCUGGAGUACAGCCUCCACGCUGCCAUCGCCAAGGGCGACCGCAGCAACCAGUGUCCUCAGGGAUUCGCGUUGGUGGCGGCUGGGCCCUUCUGCGCAGAUGAGAACGAGUGUGAGGUGGGGACCCCCUGCUCCCACGCCUGUCACAACACCAUGGGCACCUACUACUGCUCCUGCCCCGGAGGCCUCAGCAUCUCGGCCGACGGCAGGACCUGCCAGGAUCUCGACGAGUGCUCGCUGGGCGGCGGCGCGUGCCACGACGGCCAGGACUGCGAGAACACCAUCGGCUCGUACCGCUGCGUGACGCGCUGCGGCCGCGGCUUCAGGAGGACGGCCGACGGCCUCAGCUGCUCAGACGUGAACGAGUGUCAGGAGUCGAACCCGUGCAACCAGCACUGCCUCAACACCGUGGGGAGCUACCGCUGCGCCUGUGAGCCCGGGUUCCAGCUCAGGAACCGGCGCUGCGUAGAUAUAAACGAGUGCCGGCAGAGGGUGUGUCGCUCGGACCAGCAGUGCAAGAACACGCGCGGAGGCUACACCUGCAUCGACCUGUGUCCCGGCGGCUUGACCAAAGGCGCCAACGGAACCUGCGUGGACGUGGACGAGUGCAGGGACGGAACCCACCAGUGCCGAUACAACCAGAUGUGUGAGAACACCAGAGGCAGCUACCACUGCGCGUGCCCCCGCGGCUACAGGUCCCAGGGGGUGGGCCGGCCCUGUGUGGACAUAAACGAGUGCGAGCGCCUCCCGCUGCCCUGCGCCCAUCGGUGCCUCAACACUGCCGGCAGCUUCCAGUGCGGCUGCCCGCCGGGGCGCCACCUGCUGGGAGACGGCCGGUCCUGCGCCGGCCUGGAGCGCCUGCCCAGCUACGAGAGCCACUCGUACGGCUACCGCACGUCGCAGUCGUCCCCGGGGCGCGGCUCCGCCCAGCGGCUCUACCACAGCCUGGCCUCUCAGAGCUACCACUCGUACGCCGCGCAGCCGCGGGAUCGGCCCGGGGGGCGCGGCCGCAGGGAGGCCAGGGGGCUGCCGGUGUUUAGACAUCAACGAGUGCGAGAUGAGGGACGCGUGUCAGCACGAGUGCAUGAACACGCCGGGCGGCCACAGGUGCCUGUGCCCGGCCGGGUACCGCCUCAUGACCAACGGCAAGGCAUGUCAAGACGUGGACGAGUGCCUGGAGCAGAGCAUCCACUGUGGAGCGAACCGGAUGUGCUUCAACAUGAGAGGAAGCUACCAGUGCAUCGACACGCCCUGCCCGCCGCACUACCAGAGGGAUCCGGCCACAGGGUUCUGCCUGAAGGACUGCCUCCCCAACGACCUGGAGUGCGCUCUGAGCCCGUACGCCCUGGAGUACAAGCUGCUGUCGCUGCCGUUCGGCAUCGCGGCCAACCAGGACCUGAUCCGGCUGGUGGCCUACACGCAGGACGGCGUGAUGCACCCCAGGACCAGCUUCCUGGCGGUGGACGAGGACGCGGCGCUGCCCUUCGCCCUGCGCGACGAGAACCUGAAGGGGGUGCUGUUCACCACGCGGGCGCUGCGGGAGCCGCGCACGUUCCGCAUGCGGGUCCGCGCCCUCUCCUACAGCCGAGACGGCGGCAUCGAGUACCAGACCACCUUCAUCGUGUACGUGGCCGUCUCCGCCUACCCCUACUGACAGCACUUUACGGGACGCGCCGGCGGACGGGCUGAAAACGCUUGAGCGUCAGGGAGACAGACGUGCAGUGAACACACACACACACGGGGCUCAGAUCCGACGGAUCCCCGGGAACCUCGCAGCAGCGUGUCAGGCUGCUUCUGACAUAUUUAUGAGCCAACGCUGCCGGCGGAGGAAGCGGGGUCAAAGGUCGACUCAAGCGAUACUAGCCACUCUUUAUUUACAAACAUCUACCUAUUAUUAACUUAUUGGGAAGUGCUUGAACGUCGCUCAGCUCCUCCAUCACAUGGAGUCUGACUCCACCGAUGGUGCAACCCCUCACGCAUCAGCUGUUCCGCUGGUUAACAGUAGGUCAGCAAUGUGCCUUUCAAUAGAUAAAGAUGUAGUUUAAUGUUUCUAACUUGUAUAUAGAUGUUGUUUCCUCAUAACAUUUUGUCGUACUGUACUUAUUCUAUCCAUUUUGUAAUAAAAAUGCUAUAAAUGAAUAUAAACAUUGAAGUUACAGUGGGGAUGCUGUAUUUCUAAUGGAGUAAAGCCCUGACCCUUCACCACCUUCUCAGUAAAAUGUUUUUGAAAGAAAACGAGGCUGAGAUCAGCGUUCACCUUUUAUUUAAUUCAGUUUUAGUCAAAAAAGCAAACAUAAAAAAGGAGUAAUGGAGUAAGGCAGUUUGUACGUUUUCUUGUCUUCAAGAAGAACAAUAGAAAGAAACAAGUCGGACCUUCGUCCGCUUUGUUCUCGUGUAAAAAUAGUCAAUACUGCAUUAGAAAAAGUAGCCAAUGUCUGGAUGUGUCGCCGCCGACUCGUGAGGAAAAAAUAUGAUUUGUGUUUCACAGAAAGCAACGUUAGCACAAUUCCAUGAGUAACUUUCAGUCAGUGUUUUAUGAUUCCAUUUUAAAAUUAGCAAAAAAAAGCAACACAUGCUGCUAAAUU